AUGCCAUAUCCAUCUCAAACACCUUCUAGUUCUUCUACUCCAAUGGGUAAUGUUUCAAAUGUUGGAGUAAAUGAAUUUCCCGGAUUUUCUACGCAAAUGGCUCUUGGUGAUAUGAGCGGUGGUACUGAAGCGACUCCAAAUACAGAAGAUUCAACUCCAACUCGCCGAAAAAGCCCCAAAUGGACAACAGAGCAGAAUUUGGUGUUAUUGAGUGGAUGGAUUAAAUAUGGAACAGAUAGCGUUGUUGGUAAAAACCGAAAAAGUGAAGCUUAUUGGGGUAAAAUUGCUGACUACUGUAAUGAGCAUUGCUCAUUUCAUCCUCCUCGCGACGGAGCUUCAUGCAGAAAUCAUUACAACUACAUGAAUCUAAAACUAGGCAAAUGGACUGGUGCUUAUGAUAACGCCAANGGUGUAAAAAAAUGA